AUGGACAAGAAGCAGGAAGAAAGCCCUGAAGAAAGUGUUCGAGAAAGCAGUCCGGCGGAUUCGGAAAUGGCAAGCAGUAUCCCAAGGAUGGUGCCAGACCUCCGAGAAGGUUUAGAAAAGGCGAUGGAGUCACCAGCGCGCGGAACCCCUGAAAUGGGAUCAAAUAUGGAAAGCCCUGUGGUAGAUACUGCAGAGUCAGUACAGAAAUCUGGAACUUCUAAGGAAAGCCCUUUGCCAGACACUGCAGAGGCGACGCAAAAGUCUGGUACUUCCAAAGAAUCAGUGAUAUCAAAACCUGAAAAGAGCGGGUUAUCGGUAGAGGGCACGGGUGUAGCCGGGACCAAAAGCGAAGUAUCAGCACCUGGUCAAAGCACGGAAAAGAGCAAGUCUCCCGGAUACUCCACAGUUUCGGUCACACCCACUGAAGAGGAAAAAGUCGCAAAAUCAGAGGAAGUGGAGGAAGAAGAGGAAGCAGAUUUCGAGAGCGAACGAAGAUCGGCACGAAGAUAUAUGGUUCUUAAGUGCGUUAGAGGGCAGUCUUCAUUUGAUGCUAUUUCCACCAUCUUCUCAGAUCGCUACAAAUAG